GAUGUUGAAGGUGGAAGAAGACAAGAACAAAAGUCAAAUCUAUUAAAUAUAAGGUCAUUUUUAAAAUAAUUUAACAACAUGUCCUUGAACAACGAGCAACCAAAAUUUAACAGCGAAAUGGUGUCGUCUCACUUCUUCUAUCAGAAAAUUAAAAAAAAAAAAGAAGAGUUUGCACCCUCCACACCAGAUAAGGCGACCAAUCUUCUUCAAUCUCGCUGACGGAUUUUUCCCAAUACGAUUAUUUGCAACAACCAAACUUGGAUCAUAAAAAAAAUACUCAUUCCAAAAAUUGUCAAUGGCGGAAUUGCUGGAAUUAUCGGAGUUUCCGUGGUUUUUCCACUGGAUUUGGUCAAAACGCGAUUACAAAAUCAAGUUAUUGGACCAAAAGGCGAAAGGAUGUAUUCAUCAAUGUUGGAUUGCUUUAGAAAAACGUAUCGAGCGGAAGGUUAUUUUGGAAUGUACAAAGGUUCAGCAGUAAAUAUUCUUUUAAUUACUCCUGAAAAAGCUAUUAAACUUGCUGCUAAUGAUAUGUUUCGACAUUAUCUAACUCCAGCACCAGGGCAACCUCUUCCACUUAUACGUGAAAUGAUUGCUGGAGGUUCUGCUGGAGCAUGUCAAAUUGUCAUUACAACGCCAAUGGAAUUACUUAAAAUUCAAAUGCAAGAUGCAGGCAGAGUUGCAGCUGCUGCAAAAAGCGCUGGAAAAGAAGUACCAAAGAUAUCCGCCUGGUCAUUAACAAAGAGUUUAUUAAAAAAGAGAGGGAUUUUAGGACUUUAUCAAGGAACGGGCGCAACUGCACUUAGGGAUGUUACAUUUUCUGUUAUUUAUUUUCCACUAUUUGCCAAUCUCAAUGCGCUUGGACCAAAAAGAGAAGAUGGAUCUUCUGUAUUUUGGUGUUCAUUUCUCUCAGGAUGUGCUGCUGGUUCUACAGCAGCAUUGGCUGUUAAUCCGUUUGAUGUUAUAAAAACAAGACUUCAAGCGAUAAACAAGGCUCCUGGGGAACCAACUUAUAAUGGUGUUUUAGAUUGCAUUAGUAAAACUUUGAAAAAUGAAGGACCAACAGCAUUCUUUAAAGGUGGUGCUUGCAGGAUGAUAGUUAUUGCACCAUUAUUUGGAAUAGCACAAACUGUUUAUUAUCUAGGAGUGGCCGAACAAUUGAUGGGUCUCAAGUAAAAAAAAAAUUGCCAACUUGCCAAUGAAGGUUUGAAAUGCAUACUUUGUUAAGCAAACGACAAUAAUUACCAAGUAUUUAGAACAAUAUUAUCUACUAGCCUUUUCAUAAUUUCUGCGCAAUUAUGGCUUCAGGAUUAUUUCUUAUUUCUUUUUUUUUAAAUUAAAUUUACUUUGAAAAAAUACAAAGAAUAAAUUUCUUUGUAAUUUUUCAACAAUUACAAUUUUUUAAUUUAAAUCAAACUAAUUUAUUAGCUUGCAAAUUAUUAAAGAAAUUCUCUUUUAUAAUUAUGAUUAUUUUUUAAAUAAUUAUUUAAAUAAUAAUAAUUGGAUAAUUUUUAAAAUUAAUAACAAAUUCGAAAUUUUAAUGCUACUAGAAAUAUAUUUUCUAGUUUAUAUGGAAUUUAAAAAUUAUUCUCCCAUUUAAAAAACUCAGGACUUACAGUAUUAAUUUUUUUUUUUUUUUUUAAUUCCUGAAGCCAUUUUAAAGAAUAAUUGUAAAAAAAUGGUCAAUUAAGAUCAUUGCCCGAUCUUUGAAAGUAAAUUUCUAUUGUGUCCAUCCGAAAAAAAGCUUGUAUAAAUUUUGAAACUUGUAAUAAGAAAAGUUUAUAUACGUAUUUAUUUUUACUGAAGAACAAUUUAAAAUGGUAUAUUUAGUGCCAGUUUUAGUAAUUUUUAUUCAGAUGUCGUAUAGGUAUAUAUAUCUUUUUGAAUCUAGUUUAUAUUUACUGAUUUUCAUAUCAUAUAUGCCAUAUCUCAAAAAGUAUAAUAUCGAAAUAUAAUUCAUGAAAUCAACGGACAUUUCAGCUGGAGAUAGAUAUUAAAAUUGUAAAUUAGAAAGAAAAAUGCAAAUCAAUUCUACUGAUUUGUAAAUUAAUAUUUAUACACUAAAUUAAUUAAUUUUAAUAAAAUUUAACAGAAAAUUCAUUUAAAAUUUAGUUUUAAUUAAAAUUUUUGUAUUUAAAAAAUAUUUAAUUUAUAUUUUUUAAAGAUUGAAUAUUGUAUUCAAUUUGAAAUUUUAGUUAAAAAUUAAUUGAAGUGAAUUUAAAUAUUAUUAAAGUAAAUUAAACAAAAAUUUCACUAAUUAGAUGUUAAUUACGCUAAUUUGUGACUUCUCUGCUUCUGCCUAAACCAUUGAAUAUUGUGGUUUCCAUAAAUGCGAGAAAUUGUACAUUUUCAUUAUUAUUAUUAUUAUUAUAUACUCGACGUAUGCUAUAUGAAAAUCGUAAAAAUGUUAUAUGUGAAUGUCAGAUGCAAACACGUAUGUCAAAGAAAAUCAAAAUGUUGUUAAAUGACUUUAAUUGGCAGUCUACAAUUCACUGCCAUGUCUGUUGUUACUUAAAAAAUAAUAUAUAUGUUAAAAGAAAAUGUUCA